AUGCUCCCGCACCUGCAGCCCUCGCGCCCGACCAUAACCCCCCGCAACCAACCCGUCACCCCACCCCUCACACACACCCGCCCCCACCACAACCACAACCACAACUACAACCCCGCCAUCCGCCACCCCGCCUUCUUCACCGAGCGCCUGCACAAAGCGCCCCCCUCCUCCUCCCCCGCCGCAAGCACGGGCGCCGGGGGAUCGAGCCCCGUCACGGCGGGUUACGCAUACGUUGCGCCCAAAGCUGCGGGUGCGAAGCUUUGA